AUGUCGUACUAUCCAGGCGGUCCCUCCUCGAACCAGUCGUCGUAUCCCGGUGGCCCGCAGUCGUCGUACCCCGGCGGCGCACAGUCGUCCUACCCUGGCGAUCCACUCGCGAUGCCUUCGUCCGGCGGCUACCAGUCCUCGUACUCUGGCGGACCUCCAUCAUCCUACCCUGGCGGACCUCAGCCGUCGUACAACAACGGAUCCGGCUAUGACUCGCAUCAGAGCUACAACAGCGGACCCGGCUACGACUCGCCACAAGGCUACAACUCGAACUACGGCCCGCCUUCGAACCCGAACCAGUCCUCGUACGGUCCUCCUUCACAUGCAAACCAGUCUUCGUAUGGCAACUCGUCGUCGCCUUCACCGUACGCAGGUCAGCCACCGCAACAGCAGGGUCCGAUGCAGUACGACCAGAACGGCCAGCCCAUCGAGGGCGAGCGCGGCAUUGGCACCAUGGCCGCGGGAGCCGCUGCUGGUUGGGCUGGUAACAAGAUGACGGGUGGUCACAUGGGCACCUUCGGCUCGAUGGCGAGCGGAGCCGUCUUGGCGCAGGCGGGCAAGAUGAUUUUCGAAAAGAUGAACGAUAACAAGAAGCCUCACAACGGCGGAUACGGUGGCAACCCCUACGGUCCUCCUCCCGGCGGUCAUCACAAUCAAGGCGGCUUUGGUGGCUUCUUCAAGCACUGA